GAGCCCAGCGGCGUGAGCGAGCCCAUCAAGAGCUCAUCAGCCAGGCUGGCUGCACACACACACCCUAGCUAGGGUUUUACCAUCCUCUCUCGCCGUCGCCGCCGCCGCCGCCGCCGGGAUCUGCUCGUCGGCGCUCGAUCCUUCACCGACUGGCCGGGGAUUCCGAGCGCCGGAGGGACCUCAUCUGACCUGGUUGGUUGGUUGGUUGGUUGGGAAUCGGAAGGGAAGGGACUGACGAUGAGGCCGGUCUUCUGCGGCAACUUUGACUACGAGACGCGGCAGUCCGACCUGGAGCGCCUCUUCUCAAAGUACGGCCCCAUCCGCCGCAUCGACAUCAAAUCCGGCUACGCCUUUGUCUACUUCCAAGACGAGCGCGACGCUGAGGACGCAAUAAGGCGGCUCAGCAACGCCGAGUUCGGCCACAGCAGGCGAAGGCUCUCCGUCGAAUGGUCAAGGCAAGAGGAGCCCGUGCCCAAGAACCGCGACAGGCCUACAGGGGCAGAUGCAAAGCCCACCAGGACGCUCUUUGUUAUCAACUUUGAUCCCGUCCGCACCAAAGUCGUGGACAUCGAGAGGCAUUUUCAGCCCUACGGCAAGAUUGCAAACAUUCGUAUCCGCAAGAACUUUGCUUUCGUCCAGUAUGAGAUGCAGGAGGACGCCAGUGUAGCCGUCAACAAGACUGACAAGAGCACGAUAUUGGACAGGGUAGUGACAGUUGAAUAUGCCUUCCGGGAUGAUGACAAUGAAAGAGAUGACAGACAUGGCAGUCCCAGGCAAGGCCGUGACAGAUACGGCAGCCCGAGACGAGGGGGUGACAGAUAUGGCAGCCCCAGACGAGGCGGUGACAGAUAUGGCAGUCCAAAGAGAGCCAACCAGGGCAGACGUCCCUACGAGCGCUCCCCUAGCCCUAGGUACCGAAGGGAUUACAGUCCAGAUUACGACCGCCGUCCACGUUAUGAUCGCCAGUAUGGAGCACCAUAUGGUAGGAGCCGAAGCCCUGUGUAUGAUCGUUAUGAAAGAGGGUGGAUGGAUUUCGAAGGAUCUCAAAGGAAGGAAUUCCAGGGAGGAUGAAGACGCUCGACCUUUUAUGGCCGUGUGCUAGAACUAGAAGAGCGAGGGAAAAGCACAAGGCGAUGCUAGUUUUUUCAUAUCAACACCUUGUGUAUUUGAGAUGAAUAGUUCAUCCAUGGACCAAAGCUUCUUGAUGGCCUGGCCUCUUUAACGACACGGAUGAUAUAGGCCUCUUGAUGGCCUGGCCUCUUAACCAACUAGGACGGUGAAUACCACCUGACAAACGUGCGACUUUGGAGAACUAGUUUGUUUGUCUCUUCUUGCUGCCUGUAUGCUAUACCAGUCAAGGCCCAAAAUAUGUAUGCAUGCUGUGUUUGCCAUCCAUUGGUGUCACGAAAGCUAGUAGUAAUAUGGAUCGGAGGGAGUAUCUUAUUUGUUUUCCCAAUGAUGGAUCUUAUUUUAUAUUUGACUGAAAAAUCAUUUUCUACUUGAAA